ACCGUCCCAAUCCUCUUCUAUCACCGUCACGACCCAUCUUAUGAAUUUACCAACUUCGCCGGGACGCCUAUCCAAUGGGAUAACAACCGGUACCCGACCGCGGAGCACCUUUUCCAAGCUCACAAGUUCAUAGACACUCAGCCAGAACUAGCUGAACGAGUCCGCCACCUCCCCAGCGCCCGCGCUGCCCUCGAGGAAGCGGGGCGCUGUCGUAAAUUCCAGCGCACGGACUGGUAUGAUGUCAACGUGGGCGUCAUGGACGCGGUCUUGAGGCCAAGUUCACCCAGCAUUCGGAGUUGAGAGACAUGCUCCUUGGAACGGGUGAUGCCGAACUCAUUGAGGACAGUCCGGUCGACUCCUUCUGGGGAUGUGGACACGAUGGUCAAGGAAGGAACGAGCUCGGAAAGGCGCUCAUGCGGCUGCGCGACAAGAUGCGGCGUGAUCAUUCAAGUUUGGGAGCACCUGUGCAGUUAGUCUGUGUUAAAGCAUCUGCAGUACAGACAAAGAUUUCUCGUUCAUAUUCGUGUCUCUUUGAGUCCGGAGCUAUAGUAGCUGCCCGACGGGCUGCAACC